UGCUCCAGGCGCUGUGUUGUUGGCCCUAGUAACCAGGAGCCGGGAUGGGGUAAAGCGGGUUCGGCGCUGCUUGUGAGAGGUCGGGGAGCGGCGGUGCGGGGGUCGGGACUCACCGGGGCCGAUGAUUUAUCUGCCGUGACAACCCAGGGACCUACCUUCCAGCGCUCAGUUCCUUCCUGGGCACGGGACCAAUGUAACCGACAGCUCAACAACAUCAUGACGGAACUUUCUAAACAUUUACCCGCCGCGUUCGGAAAACAGCUUUUUUGCUCGGUAAGAACGCACCACAGAAAGAAAUAAGCGGCCCGCCAUGCCUAUCAGAAUGGAGCGGCAGAAUCCUGGUGCUGUUCUUGCGUCCGGAGAGGAGACUCUGAACGAGAGCCAAUACAGCGAAGUCAGGGAGUGGAUCGAGACGCAGGUGGGUGAGACGCUGAAGCAGUCUAUUAAUGAGAGUGUGAGGAGGGAACAGCAAAGCACAGGGAACCCCGGCCCCCUUCCUGCUGAUGCGGUUCCGAGACCCCCUUGCAAACCCAAACCCAGGCUGGAAAGAGCGGCGUCGCUGGAUGAGAAACAUUGGAGAAGGCGGUUUAAAGCGAACCAGGACAGCUUACGGGACCCCGAGGCAACCGGAUCUUCCAGUGGGUCCCUUCAGGAAGAAUCAGCCGUUCCGGAUCAAAAUAACUGCUCUUUUAGCGACUCCCAGGGUCAGCCCGCGAAGUCGGGAUAUCCAGGCAACGGGAAACCUCGACUGUCUCGGAUCUUGCCCAAGCACGCUCUCCCCCAGAUGGAGAUAAAUGUAACCUCCAGGGCACUCAGGACGGCUAAUCGGAUAGACCCGGAUUAUAUGGAUUAUCAAGAGGCUUCUUCCCAACUGAGGUACCUGAGGCAGAGCAGCAGUCUGAGCGACACGAGACUGCACAGCAGCAUGGUUUGCAAUCAGUGCUCCAGCGACUCCAUGAAGUCUACCUAUAGCCUGCUCACCCCUAUCCGGCCUAAGGAUAUGCGCAGCAGAAGUUAUCUAGAAGGGAGCUUACUGGCCAGCGGUGCCUUACUGGGGGCAGAAGAGCUGGAACGUUACUUCCCGGAGAGAAGACUGGGCGUUUUUAUUGCCACGUGGAACAUGCAAGGACGAAAGGAGCUUCCUGAAAGCCUGGAUGACUUCCUAUUACCCUCCGAUGAUGACUUUGCACAGGACAUGUAUGUUAUUGGAGUGCAAGAAGGCUGCCCAGACAGGAGAGAGUGGGAGAUCCGACUUCAGGAGACACUGGGACCUCAUUAUGUCUUGCUCCACUCAUCCGGCCAUGGGGUUCUGUACCUCUCUGUGUUCCUCAGGCGAGACCUCAUCUGGUUCUGCUCAGAAGUUGAAUCUGAUACGGUGACAACGCGAAUCGUGUCCCAGAUCAAGACCAAAGGAGCCCUAGCUGUGUCCUUCACCUUCUUUGGGACCUCAUUCCUUUUCAUUACCUCCCAUUUUACCUCUGGAGAUUCCAAGGUGUGCGACAGAAUCCUGGACUACAAGAAAAUCAUUGAAGGCCUGCAGCUUCCGAGAAUGAUUCCUGACACCAAUCCCUAUCGCUCUAAUUCCGCCGAUGUGACAAGCCGGUUCGAUGAAGUCUUCUGGUUUGGGGACUUUAAUUUCCGAUUAAACAAAGAGCGAAGCGCAGUGAAUUCUAUCCUGCAGAGCAAGCUGGAGAAAGACAUGUCUCGCCUCCUGCAGUACGACCAGCUGACCAAAGAGAUGAAUGGAGAGUCUAUAUUUAAAGGGUUUCAGGAGGCAGAAAUUCAGUUCCUCCCUACGUACAAAUUUGACAUUGGUUGUGAUGUAUAUGAUAGUACCUCCAAGCAGAGGACCCCUUCCUAUACGGACAGAGUGGUGUACAAGAGCCGGCAUAAAGAUGACAUCCGGGUAGUGAAAUAUGCUUCUUGCUCGCUAAUAAAGACUUCCGACCACAGACCUGUUUUUGGGCUGUUCGAAGUACGGAUCAGACCGGGCAGAGACAACAUCCCCCUGGCUGCAGGGCAGUUUGACAGAGAGCUGUAUCUGCUGGGAAUAAAAAGGAGAAGCACGCGGGAAGUGCAGCAACGCCAGGCGGGGAAGAACCAGAAAACCAGCAGCGUAUGUAGCAUCUCCUGACUAAAUCUCUGAGACAUUUCCUCUCCGAGCCCCGGGGAUGGAUAUUCUGCUGCCUGUCAGGACUGCUAAACACACAGUAACGGGACUUCUUGCACUGUGACCCAAUCUACUGAAAAGUCCACUGCCCCGGGAUUUCAAAGGGACCAGCACAGCGUACUUUUUUUUUUUUUUUUUAAAGGCCUUUACAACUAAUUUAUUUAUCUCUAUAGGACACUUGAACCAACUGUAAACGGCUUGUUGCCUUUUCCCCCUUAACUACACUGGACCUAGGAUAAUCCUUUAAUGGCCUUUAUUUGUAUUAUAUGUAAAUAUCUAUUUAUCUCUCUCAGUUACCUACUCACAAAAUAAAACCGUUUCAUAUACAA